AUGGCGUCUAGAACUCGGGGUCGAGGCAUCCAUGCUUCAUUGCAGCCUUGGAGCAACUCUAGUUUUCAUUAUCAAGUCCGAUCUCAAUUGCAGCCCGUCUGUGUGCGGCCCAGUCAACUCUUCUCAACCUCGGCUUCAAGUCAACAAUCUCGCCGACCCUCCCCAUCAUCACCUUCGUCCUCCGUCUCAUCUACCACUAUAGUCACAGCCCCUUAUAAAAUUGAGGUCAAUGCUCCUAGCAGCACCUUUCCCGCCGAGAUCGUCACCCCUGCUCCCAUCUCUCCAUCCGCUGGACUUCCGGACAAGCUGAAACGCUUUGUUGAAAUCGGCCGCACAUACCUCACCUUCUACAAGACAGGCUUGAAGAAUGUGUACCGGAACUACCGCAUCUCAAUUCCCCUCCGGAAAGAGCUGGGUCUCUCAGUAUAUCUUCCCGUGUCUCCUCCACGGACAGUCUCACACAAUAACGCCAAUGCCCCUUCUAUAAGAAAAGAAUCACGACUAGGACGGGCGCAAUUCCAGCUUGUCUGCCGCUCAGCUCGUGAUGUCCGGCGCAUGAUCCCCUUCACAAUGAUCUUGAUUGUCUGCGGGGAAUUCACGCCGCUGAUUGUCCCAAUCUUCGGGUCCGCCAUUACUCCAGCUACAUGCCGAGUCCCCUCGCAGGUAGAGAAGGAACGCGUUAGCGCAACCAAGAGAAAAAUCGCUGCGUUGGACGUUCAUGUGACUGCCUCCAAGGACAACUCUUUGAGCCUGCUUCGAUCUAGUAGUGAUGAGCAAUUGCAUCUUCUCGCUAAGCAAUUUGCCGACCCAGCUUGGGCGGCGAGCGCUGACCCUGCCUCUGUGCUGCGUGCCGCUGCUGUUUUUGGCCUGGUCAAGCGUCAUGACCGAGCUGCCGCGACACUUCUGGCUGGUAUGAUCUAUCGGCCCCGGCUCGCGCGGCAUGUUGAGUACCUGGCCAUUGAUGACGGGAUGAUUCGUGCUGGCGGCGGCGUUCGAGCUAUGAAUGCGGCCGAGGUUCGGAUCGCGGUUGAAGAGCGUGGUGGAGUUGAUGUCUCGGCCUGUGCCAAAGACCGCAGCCAGGCGGAGAAUGUCGAAAGGCGCUGGCUGGAGCAGUGGCUGGCUAUUCGUGGAGGCAGCCCAAAGUCCAAGAAGCAGUAG